AUGGAUAUCCAGCUCCUUAUCAAAGCCAUCAUUUACAUAUUCUUAGCAGUGGUUGGGAUACCAGGCAAUGUUUAUAUAUUUUUAAAGUUUACUUAUGUCAGAAUAACAGAGAAAAAACUUUUAACUGCCAAUUUCCUCCUCAUGCUACUUGUUUUUGCAAAUUUCUUUGUAGUCAUUUCCCGAGUUAUACCCCAUGCCCUGCAUUCUUUAGGAGUAGAGAAUUUACUGGAUGAUAAAGGCUGUAUAAUAAUAUUCUACACUUACAGAGUGAGUAGAGCGAUGUCUAUCUGCGCCACUAGCCUCCUAAGCUUUCAUCAGUGCAUCCUCAUUGCUCCAGUCACUAAAUUUUGGAUGUACCUAAAAGAAAAAGUGACUAAAGAUGCCUUAGUUGUGACCAUUAUAGUUUUGUUGGUUAUAAACUGUAGUUUAUAUAGUAGCUCUAUAAUUUAUUCAUAUGCUCAUAAUAAUUCAACAUCUUCUCCAUAUACACUCCAUUUGGUUUAUUGUAAUACAGACUUUAAGACAAGAAUCUCCUAUGUUGUAUAUGGGGUCUUUUAUACACUCCGAGAUUACCUGUGUGUUGGGUUGAUGGUUCUAACCAGUGGUUAUAUUAUUUAUGUCUUACUAAAUCACAAGAAAAAUGUCAAAUUAAUAAGAAGUUCUCAAAAAAAUCAAGCAAAAUCAAUUGAGUACAAAGCAUCCCGAGGGGUUAUUUUAUUAGUUGCAUUAUAUGUGACAUUUUUUGGUCUUGACAACUCUAUAUGGGUCUAUACUCUUACAAUUGUCAACCCUGAUAUAAGCUUAAAUGAUGUUCGUAUAGUAUCAACUUGCUCCUUCUCUGCACUGAGUCCAGCAGUCAUCAUUAUUACAAACCCAAAACUCCAGAUGAGAAUGAACUUUUCAUUUCCAUGGAAAUGCUUCCUACGGGAGAAGUCUGAAAACAAAGGGCAUGUGACUAGUGUGAGCAGUUAUAUCAAAUAG